AUGAAGAUGCUCAUGUCUGAUUACGAAGUCACCCUCGUCAACGACAAUAUGCGGGAAUUUUAUGUCCGCUUCUAUGGUCCUGUAGAGACCCCUUUUGCUGGCGGUGUUUGGAAGAUACACGUUGAGUUACAACCUGAAUACCCGUACAAAUCACCUAGUAUUGGAUUCAUGAACAAGAUCUUUCAUCCCAACAUCGACGAGCUGAGCGGCUCGGUGUGUCUUGACGUGAUCAAUCAAACAUGGUCACCCAUGUUCGAUAUGAUCAACAUUUUUGAAGUGUUCCUGCCACAAUUGCUACGUUAUCCAAACCCGAACGACCCUUUGAAUGGUGAAGCUGCAGCCUUGAUGAUGCGUCAUCCAAAGGAGUACGAGGCGAAGGUAAAGGAGUAUGUCCAGCGAUACGCAACCAAGGAAGCUGCCGAUGCAGCGACUGGUGGAAGUGACGCUGAAGAUGGCGAAGACGAGGAAAUGAGUGAUAUAGGCAGCAUCAGUGAGGAAGAGGCGAUGGAGUCCUGA